AUGGGACACAAUACAGAUAAUUGCUGGACUUUGCGCAAGGAGAUUGAACGACUGAUCAAGGCGGGGCAUUUGUCCAAUUUUGUCUCAGGAGACCAUACACAGCUUGAUGCAGUCAAGAACAAGGGCGGUGAAUCGGCAAAGGGAAAGGAGGUCGUUGAGGAGUUAGGGGUACCCGCCGGGUCUUGCUUGUCAAUUGCAGGGGGAUUUGGCGGUGGGCGUAUAUCCAGCAAGGGAAGGAAAAGAUAUGUGGAGGCAAUGAACUCGGUUCACCACGCUUACGAGGGGGAAUGUUGGCUGAACCAUACUCCAUUUACUUUUUCGCCAAAGGAUUUUGACCAUGUGAUUCCACAUGAUAACGAUCCAAUAGUGGUGACUCUGCGUGUAAAUAACUAUGUUACCAAGAAAGUUUUUCUCGACCAAGGCAGUUCUGCUGACAUCAUAUAUGGUGAUGCAUUUGAAAGAUUGGGCUUAAAGGAGUCGGACUUAAAGCCAUAUACGGGGUGUCUAGUUGGAUUCACAGGCGAUCGGGCCAAGCUCCGAGGUUACGUGGAGUUGGACACUGCUUUUGGUGAGGGUGAAUACGUGAAGAAAUUUCAAGUAAAGUAUUUGGUUCUUCCGUGUAAGGCGAUGUAUAAUGUGCUUCUAGGGCGUGAUACUUUGAACAAAAUAUGUGCAAUAAUUUCAACCGCCCAUUUAACAGUAAAGUAUCCAGCUUGCAAUGGAAAGGUGGGAAUUCUAAGGGUGGAUCAAGAGGCCGCCCGAGCAUGUUAUGCACAAAGUCUUGAACUUUAUGGCAAGAGGGCAGCCGAGGAAGUACAUCGCGUCACGGAAAUUUUUCCACACGAGAAUUUCAAUUUGGAUCCGCGUGAUGACUCAGAGGAGUUGAGACCUCAGCCGGCGGAAGAAACGAAAUCGGUUUACUUGUCUGGGCGUGCUUUGAAAAUUGGAAGCACCUUGUCAAAGGAACAAGAGGACCGAUUGGUUGAGCUACUCAAAAAUAAUUUGGAUUUAUUCGCAUGGACAAUUAAGGAUGUUCCAGGCAUUGAUCCCAAUGUUAUAUCCCAUCAUUUAUCAAUCCAACCAGGAGCAAAACCUGUUGUACAAGCUCGUAGGCGAAUGGGCGAGGAAAAGGACAAGACAGUACAAAUAGAAACUCAAAAGUUACUUGAAGGAAAGUUCAUUAGAGAAGUUCAGUAUCCAACAUUGUUGGCAAAUGUUGUUAUGGUGCGAAAGGCUAAUGGGAAAUGGAGAAUGUGUACAGACUAUGCAAGUUUGAACAAUGUCUGCCCAAAGGAUUCUUAUCCGCUCCCAAAUGUGGACAAGUUGGUAGACGGGGCGUCCGGGAAUGAACUGCUCAGUUUAAUGGAUGCAUACUCCGGAUACAACCAAAUAAUGAUGUACCGCCCUGAUGAGGAAAAAACGGCGUUCAUGACGAUGGGAAGAAACAUGGAAGUAUAUGUGGAUGACAUGAUUGUCAAAACUGCCAAAGGGGGCGCCCAUCAUGAAGACCUAGCUGAGGCAUUUGCGCAGAUCCGGAAGUACAAUAUGAGGUUGAAUCCUGAAAAAUGCUCCUUUGGAAUUUUAGGUGGCAAGUUUUUAGGAUUCAUGAUCACUUCAAGGGGGAUUGAGGUUAAUCCCGACAAAUGCAAAGCUAUAGUAAACAUGAAAAGCCCAUCCAAUAUUCGUGAAGUCCAGAGGUUAACAGGACGGUUGGCGGCCUUAUCUCGCUUUUUGCCAAAAGCAGGUGAUAGGGCGGCGCCAUUCUUUGCGUGUUUGAAAAAGAAUACAACUUUUCAGUGGACAGGGGCGUGCGAGGAGGCCUUCCGGCAGCUUAAGGAGUUAUUAGCUUCACCCCCUAUGUUAGCUAAGCCAACACCUGGGAUUCCUUUAAUUCUCUACUUGGCAGUCACCGAGGCGGCGGUUAGCACUGUCUUGCUUCAAGAAGAAAACAAGCAGUAUAAAAUCAUAUACUUUGUUAGUCACACGCUGCAAGGGGCGGAAGCGCGUUACAAAAAAAUAGAAAAGGCGGCUCUAGCAAUACUAAAGACGGCCAGGCGACUUCGGCCAUACUUUCAGAGUUUCCAGAUAAAGGUCAAGACAGACAUUCCCUUGAGGCAAGUUUUACAAAAGCCUGAUUUGUCAGGGCGACUAGUGAGUUGGUCGGUUGAGCUGUCGGAAUAUGACAUUAGCUAUGAACCAAGAGGACAAGUCACGAUCCAGAGUUUGAUUGACUUUGUAGCAGAGUUAACACCCACAGAGGGUGAUAAAGAAAAUGCAGAAUGGGUACUUUCGGUGGAUGGCUCGUCCAAUGAAUCAGGAAGUGGUGCAGGCGUGUCGAUCGAAAGUCCGGACAAAAUGCUGAUUGAACAGUCACUUAAGUUUGGAUUCAGGGCGAGCAACAAUCAGUCCGAAUAUGAAGCAUUAAUAGCCGGUUUAAGACUCGCCAUUGAAUUGGGAGUGCAAAAACUGUAUAUAAAGGGCGACUCUCAAUUGGUAGUAAAGCAAGUGCGUGGUGAAUACCAAGUGAAGGAUCCGCAAUUGUCCAAAUACCUUGAAAUUGUUCAAAGGCUUAUGCAGGCGAUUGGACAUGUAAGGAUCGAGCACAUACCAAGAAGUCAAAACGAGCGUGCUGAUGCAUUGGCUAAACUAGCCAGCACUGGGCGACUCGGAAACUACCAAACUGUAAUACAAGAGGUUUUGCCUCAUCCAAGUACAGACAUGGUAGAGUUCAAAGUGGCGAAGGCUAUAGGGAAUGGAGAACCAUCUUGGAUGGAUCCAAUCAUUGAAUUUUUAAGUCAGCAACCGCAGGAUGAAAGCAAAAACUCAAAGGAAAGAAGGCGGGAGGCUAGUUUUUAUACUUUGGUGGGUGGACAGCUGUAUAGGCGGGGGAUUAUGUCUCCAAUGCUUAAAUGUGUGGAUACCGCCAAAUCUCAAGAAAUAAUGGCGGAGGUUCAUGAAGGAGUAUGCUCAAGCCACAUUGGGGGGCGGGCACCACCAGAGCAACUCACAACAAUGACCGCCCCAUGGCACUUCGCCAUGUGGGGAACGGACAUUUUGGGACCCUUUCCAAAAGCAAAGGCUCAAUUGAAGUUUAUUGUGGUGGCAGUGGACUAUUUCACCAAGUGGAUAGAAGCCGAGGCACUCGCCACAAUUACUGCGGCCAAGGUGCGGAAUUUCUUGUGGAGGCGUGUUGUGUGCCGUUUUGGAGUCCCAAUGGCACUGGUUAUGGUUAAUGGCACUCAAUUUACCAGCACACUAAUGAGGAACUUCUGUGCUGAUCUUGGGAUUGACAUGCGAUUCACUUCAGUUGAACACCGUCAAACGAACGGUCAGGCUGAGGCGGCAAACAAGGUUAUAUUAAAUGGGUUGAAAAAGAAGCUUGAUGAGGCGAAAGGCUGGUGGACGGAGGAGUUGCCCGGUGUUUUAUGGGUGUACAAUACCACGGUCCAAACCAGCACUGGAGAAACGCCGUAUAGACUAACCUAUGGUUCAGACGCCAUGUUACCCGUUGAGGUAGAAAACCAAAGCUGGAGGGUUACAAACAGGAAUGAGGAAGAAAACAAUGAUAACUUAAUUGCAAACUUGAUUAUGCUCCCAGAAUUGCAAAGAGAGGCGCACUUGCGUAAUGAAGCUGGAAAGAUUAGGGUCGCCCGAAAGUACGCAACUAAGGUCGUCCCUCGAAAAAUGAAGGCGGGAGACCUAGUGUUGCGCGAAAGGACGCUAACUUCAGGAAUGAACAAAUUGACACCCAAUUGGGAAGGCCCUUUUAGGGUUAAAGCUGAAGUAGGCGCGGGGGCGUACAAGUUAGAACAAUUGGAUGGCGUGGCAGUGCGUCGCACGUGGAACGCCUCUAGUUUGAAGCAAUACUAUAGUUAA